CUUCGGACACCUCAGACGGACCGUGGCCCGGGAUCAGACCGCGUCUCAGGCGAGUCCGAGACGCGCCGCGAUCCCGCCAUGGCCCGGCUGCUGCGGGCAUCCUGCCUUCUCUCCCUGCUGCUGGCGGGCUUCGUCCCGCCGAGCCGGGGACAGGAGAAGUCGAAGACGGACUGCCAUGCUGGUGUAAGUGGCACCAUCUACGAUUACGGCGCCCUCACCAUUGAUGGGCAGGAGUACAUCCCCUUUAAGCAGUACGCUGGCAAAUACAUCCUUUUUGUCAACGUUGCCAGCUACUGAGGCUUAACAGGCCAGUACAUUGAACUGAAUGCACUACAGGAAGAGUUUGCACCAUUUGGUCUCGUCAUUCUGGGCUUCCCCUGCAACCAGUUUGGAAAACAGGAACCAGGAGAGAACUGGGAAAUCCUGCCGAGCCUCAAGUAUGUCCGGCCAGGUGGGGGCUUCAUCCCUAAUUUCAAACUCUUUGAGAAAGGAGAUGUGAACGGGGAGAAAGAGCAGAAGUUCUAUACGUUCCUGAAGAACUCCUGUCCUCCUACCUCGGAACUCCUGGGCUCACCUGACCGCCUCUUCUGGGAACCCAUGAAGGUCCACGACAUCCGCUGGAACUUUGAGAAAUUCCUGGUGGGGCCAGAUGGCAUACCCAUCAUGCGCUGGUACCACCGGACCACGGUCAGCACUGUCAAGAUGGACAUCCUUUCCUACAUGAGGCAGCAGGCAGCCCUGGCGGUCGAGGGGAAGUAAAUGAGGCCCCCCCACCCCACGCCUACCCUGCAGAGGCUGGGGAGGGACUGUUCAGGAAGGAAUCCAUUUCUUAAACCACACCACACUCCCACUAUAGGCCCCUUACUAUUACACAGGGCCCCAGCCUGACACAGUGUGCAUACAAUUGUGUGUGUAUUGCUCUGCAUGUGGGUGUUUGCACACAUGCCCGCAGGUGUGUGUGACCAUGUGUGCAUGCACAUUGAGUGCAGAGCCACCUACAUCCACCUGUGUGAAUACCUGGAAAUGUGUAUCGUAUGUGCCCAUGGCUGUGUCCCAGUGAAGUGCUGGAAAGUAACUCCCUUUCUUUCCAGUUCUCUGUUCCAGUGAUAACAAUUCACUUGUGGCUCAUCCCAAAUUAAAAACCAACUCUCAAUCCAAUUGUUCUGCUCUAACCUGGACCUCAACUUUGGGGCCAGCAUCCCACUCCCUCCAAAUACCACCACUGAAGUGCCCGGAAUUUUCUGGGUCUACCACGCUGCCCAACCGCCCUUCUCCCCACCCUAUAGCCUCUCUCCUUCCUGAAGGGCCUUCCCAAGCCCCCUCCCCCUCCCCUACCCCAUAGUGCUCCCUGAGGAGCCAAGGCACACCUGAGGGAAGGGCCACGUUCCUGGUUCAGGGGUGGCAUCUACAUGAAGGAGGGGCCCGAAGCCCUUGUGGGCGGACCUCCCCUGAGCCUGUCUGAAGGGCCAGCCCUUAGUGCAUUCAGGCUGAGGCCCACAGGCAGGGAUACUCCCCCUCACCUUCGGAGGGUGUGCCCCCUCCCUCACCCUGGCCCCCUGGUGUCAGCCUCUCCUCGCAUCUGCCCAGUAAAGGCCUUUGUGCAGCA